AUGGCCUGGCGCAACCAAGGAACCACAGGUUCCAACAAUAUUCCCCUGGGUGCGCGCCGUCGCUUCCAGGGUGAUGAGGAAGAUGAUAGUAACAAUGCGCCUCCGUCUAUGCCUGAUGGCCCUAAGCGUGGCCGCAGCCCCGUUCGAGCCGAGGCCCCAGCAGUAGAUGGUGAUGGCGUGAAAAGGCGCAAGAAGCGCAACCGCUGGGGAGACCAGCAAGAGAACAAGGCCGCUGGUCUGAUGGGCUUGCCCACCAUGAUCAUGGCCAACUUCACCAGCGAACAGCUGGAAGCUUACACUUUGCACCUGCGUAUCGAGGAGAUCAGCCAGAAGCUGCGGAUCAACGAUGUGGUCCCUGGUGAUGGUGACAGAUCCCCCUCGCCCCCUCCGCAGUACGACAACUUUGGUAGACGUGUGAACACUCGCGAGUACCGCUACCGCAAGCGACUCGAGGAUGAGCGUCACAAGCUGGUCGAGAAGGCCAUGAAGACCAUUCCUAACUACCACCCGCCAUCUGACUACAGACGCCCUACCAAGACCCAGGAGAAGGUCUAUGUUCCCGUGAAUGACUAUCCAGAGAUUAACUUCAGACCUCGUGGAAACACCUUGAAGAAAAUGGAGACCGAAUCUGGUGCUAAGAUUGCUAUUCGUGGCAAGGGCUCCGUCAAGGAAGGAAAGGGCCGGUCUGAUGCCGCUCAUGCCAGUAACCAAGAGGAAGAUCUUCACUGUCUGAUCAUGGCCGAGACUGAAGAGAAGGUGAACAAGGCCAAGAAGCUGAUCCACAACGUUAUCGAGACCGCCGCUUCUAUUCCCGAAGGUCAGAAUGAGCUUAAGCGCAACCAGCUUCGUGAGCUGGCCGCUCUCAACGGUACUCUCCGUGAUGAUGAGAACCAGGCUUGCCAGAACUGUGGUCAAAUCGGACAUCGCAAGUACGACUGCCCUGAACAACGCAACUUCACAGCAAACAUUAUCUGUCGCGUUUGUGGCAAUGCUGGUCACAUGGCCCGUGAUUGUCCAGACCGCCAGAGAGGUAGCGAUUGGCGCAACAACACUGCCUUCCCAGGCGCCCGUGAUUCUGGCGCUCCUCGUGUCUCUGGUACUGGUGAUGCUGUCGACCGUGAGAUGGAGCAACUCAUGAAUGAGCUUUCUGGAGGUGCCCCCGGCGAGUUCCCACCCCGUCGUAUUGAAGCUGGUCCUGAUCAGGGCGCUUAUCCUCCUCCUGCUGGCGACCGUGAUGCGAACCCCUGGCAGCAGCGCGGCCCAGGAGGCCCUGGUGGCCCACCGCCACCCCCACCCAGUGAUGUGGCUCCCUGGCAACAGAGACGUGAGAAUCGCCCCCGCGAUGAUCGUCCCCGUGAUGACCGUCCUCGUGACGACUACGGUUCCCGCGAUGACUACGGUUCUCGUGACAAUGGCCCUGCUCCUUGGGCCCAGAGACGUGGUGGUGGUGACUCUGGCGGCUACGGCGGCAAUAGUGGUGGCUACGGCGGUAGCGGCGGCGGUGGCUAUGGAUCUCAAGGUGGCUACGGUGGUAACGGUGGCCACGGCGGUCACAACAGUGGUGGUAAUGGAUAUGCUGCACCUGGCACCGCUCCGGGCGCUGCUCCGGGCGCUGCUCCCUGGCAACAACAGGCUGCUCCCGGUGGUCAAGCUGCAUACGGAUAUGGAGGCUACGGUUAUGCUGCCCCUGGUAUGGCCGCCCCUCCUCCUGGAAUGGCUCCUUGGUCCUACGGAGGUGCUCCUGGCGCUCCUGGCGCUGGAAGCCCCCCGCCUCCUCCCCCUCCUGUCGAUGGACCACCCCCUCCACCUCCCAGUGACCAGCCCCCUCCCCCUCCCCCGGCUUAA